AUGACCGUUACAUACAAGUGGUGGAAAGACGCAACAGUUUACCAGAUCUGGCCCGCAUCCUACAAAGAUUCUAAUGGAGAUGGAGUCGGUGACAUCCCUGGAAUCGUUUCCGAAUUGGACUACGUCAAGUCGCUCGGAACCGAUGUAAUUUGGCUUUCGCCUAUGUACGACUCUCCCCAAGACGAUAUGGGGUACGAUAUUUCUGACUAUGAGAAGGUGUACCCAAAGUAUGGAACUUUGGAGGAUAUGGACAAGUUGAUCAAAGGUGCUCAUGAUCGUGGAAUGAAGUUGAUUUUGGAUUUGGUUAUCAACCAUACUUCCACUGAACACGACUGGUUUAAGGAGUCCCGUUCUUCUUUGGAUAAUCCCAAGCGGGACUGGUACAUCUGGAAGAAGCCAGUUUAUGACAAAGAUGGGAACAGAAAACCUCCUAACAAUUGGGGCUCUUACUUCUCAGGCAGCGCUUGGGAAUACGACGAAACUACCGGAGAAUACUAUUUGCACCUUUUCGCCAAAACCCAACCAGACUUGAACUGGGAAAACGAGGAAUGCAGAAAUGCCAUCUACAAGUCUGCGGUGCAAUUCUGGUUCGAUAGAGGUAUCGAUGGUUUUAGAAUCGACACCGCCGGAAUGUACUCCAAGGUUCAAACGUUCCCAGAUGCUCCAAUUGUCAUUCCUGAUUUUGAACACCAGCCUUGUAAGUUGUACCAUCAGAACGGACCCAGAAUUCACGAGUUCCACAAGGAGAUGUUUGCAAAGAUUACCUCCAAAUACGAUGCCAUGACAGUGGGUGAAGUGGGCCAUUCUCCUCGUGAAGAAUCGCUCAAAUACGUUGGAGAAGCUCGCAAGGAAAUGAACAUGAUGUUCUUGUUUGACGUGGUUGAUCUUGGUUCGAAUCCAGCCGAUAGGUUCGACUAUAAAGGGUUCACUCUUGUGGAUUUCAAGAAGGCCUUUAUCAGUCAAAGUGAAUUCAUUGAAGGCACCGAUGCCUGGUCAACUGUGUUUACAGAAAACCACGAUCAACCUAGAGCCAUUACUAGAUUUGCAAACGAUUCUCCAAAGUUUAGAGUCAAAUCUGGUAAACUUUUAGCUCUUUUGAUGGCUUCCAUGAGUGGAACCUUGUUCAUCUACCAGGGUCAAGAAAUUGGUAUGACUAAUUUACCUGCUGAUUGGUCUAUUGAUGAGUAUCUUGAUAUCAACACUAUCAACUACUACAAGUUGUACAAGGAAAAGUUUGGUAACGAUAAGGCCAAAAUGGACAAAUUGAUGAAAACCAUUAAUUUGGUAGCGAGAGACCAUGCCCGGUCUCCUGUUCAAUGGGACGACUCCGAGUACGCUGGCUUUUCUACUGGCAAGCCUUGGACCAGAGUUAAUGAUAACUAUAAGGAAAUCAAUGUUGCAUCCCAAGUCAACGACCCCAAUUCGUUGUUCUCAUUUUGGAAAAAAGCUUUGGAAUACAGAAAAGAAUUCAAAGAUCUUUUCAUCUACGGUUCAUUUAAUGUCAAGGAUAUCGAUAACCAGAAGACUUUCACAUUCACAAAGGAAAAGGGUUCGCAAAAAGCUGUGGUUGUCACCAACUUCACCGCCGAAAAUGUGCCAUACGAACAACCAGUUGACGGUAAGCUCAAGUUGUUGUACACCAAUGCUGACUCCUUUGACGAGGCUACUUUGGGACCAUACGAGGGACGGGUGUAUAUUGCCAAUUAG